UUGAUCAUGAGUUGUUUCACUUUCAUUUUCUCUUGUUGUGUUGAUACUGUUUGCUAUCACGGUUAUGACAAGUGUAUGGGACUCUCCCCAAUUUUGUACUCCAAUUUUUUUUGCAAAAAGGUGCUCCAUUUUGGAAAAUGUUUUUGACAACCUAUCAUAAUGUUUAUGUUAAGCAAUCAAAUGGCUUUUCUUUUGGACCAGAGUGCCAUUUGAGGAUGUGUUUGGGGAUUAGAUAGCUUUUUAGCGUCAGACCAUCAUCAUUUUCUACCUUCCACCCCCCUUGCACUUCUCCUCCUCAUGGGAUUUGUAUGCAAAAAGAUAAUGUGCAUCUGUGCAAGUCGAGAGACCUCGAUUUUCAUUACUACCUCCCCUCCUCACAGGACUUGUAUUUGAGGAUGUGUCUGGGGAUCAUAUAGCUUUUUAUCAUCUAACCAUCAUCAUUUGCUACCUUCUAUCCAUCUUACACCUCUCCUCAUCACGAAACUUGUAUGCGAGGAGAUAGUGUGCCUCUUCGCAAGUCGAGAGACCUCGCUUCUCGUUAGUACCUCACAUGCGUGGCAACCCGUCUGUCGUUGAGACGGGAGUGCAGGUUGGGAAUAGGUGCUUGAGAGAUAAGGACUCACGUCGAAAUGCUUCACCUUCCUAUCUUAUUUCAUCCUCUCAACCAUCACUUUCCCAACAUGAGGCUUAAGAGAAGUCAAUUUACUUUUUGACCUUACUCACGAGGGAGAGAACCUUGAUUGCCAAUGUGGUGUCAUGUUCUACAAAGUUAAGUUGAGGCUCGAGAGUUUGAGUCCUCUUUUAAAAAUAGGAGCACUAUGAUGGAGUCCAUUUCUUUUGACUUGUUUUCUUGAGAGUCUUCCAUUGCACACGUGUAGUGUCUAAAUCUCUUUAGUUGUCAAGGUCCUCACACGAGAGUGUGUUGUGCAUACCAUUUUGAGAUUCUUGCAUGUUGCACUAGUGUGAGUUAGGUUUGCAUGGGGACAAGCAAAUGCCUAAGUGUGAGAGAGUUUGAUCCGAGUCACUCUAUACAUGUUUUUACCUCUUUGACUUUGUCGUUUGACUUGUAUAACACCGUCCUUGGAGUCAUUUUACACUAGGUUUUUGAAAUUUUUAGUAUGUUUUAGGCAAUAUCAAGCGAAAGGAUCGAAAGUCGGACGAAAAGCAGGAGACCGUGAAUAUUACAACAAGACCGUGAAGAAUGCAUAGUCCCAAGGGCUUUUGGACAUCUCACAAGAUGUGCAUGGAUCACAGGUGCAAGGCGUGACGAAUACAUUAAACCGUGAAGUGUGCAAGUGAAAGGGCGCAAGGCGUGUGAUCACGGUUUCACUGCACACAUCACGAGCAUGACGGCAGUUCGUGAAACGUGCACUAUCGGGUAUAAAAGGAGGAGAUCUGAUUUCAAGAGGAGAAGAGUUUUAGAGUGAGACUAAUUUGUUCUUCUAUAUUCUAGAGAGAAAGCGACAAACCAAGGAAGAUUGUAGAGGAAUUUGACCUACCAAAGAUCAAAGGAGGCCAAAUUUCAUCUUUAACACCACCCUAAGCAACUAAGAAAAAGGAGAUUCAUCUUUCAUGAGUUUUUUUCCUUCUCUUUAGUUGUAGUUAUUUCUCUAGGCAUGGAGUAGAUUUCUUUUCACUUGGAUUAUGUGAACCCUAAACUAGGAUGUUGUAGUUUGAUGAUUGUGAACUCUAUGUUGUUAAAUGAGAGACAUUGAUCAAUUCCCCCAAUUUUGGGACUAAUUAACCUAAGAGAGAGAAUAUCUCCUUAGGGUAAUUUGGGUCACUAUUCAAUCAUUGGAAGGGGCCAUGAACGAGGGUUAUUGGUUUCUUUACGCCGUUCCAGGUCAUUGCCCGAGGGAGUGGAUUUGGUUUCCCUAAUUGCUUAAUCCGGUAGUUCGGUACACCUCUCCUAUUAGAGCAAUUAGGCGAGUUAGAAAAAUUCGAAUUGGGACUUCUAACUAGCUUUGAUCUCCUAAGGAGAUAAUCAUCCGAGUGAAGCUUUCUCACUUUAAUUCAACCUCAUUUUAUUUGCUUGUUUGUUUAGUUCAAUAGCUUAAAAAAUCGUUUCUACUGCUAGAUGAUUUGUAUUUUUCUGAAGUAAGCUUACAUAGACCGCUCGGGUUUAAUAACUCAAAAUAUACUUGCUCUAUACUAAACCCAUUCGUAGGUUAUACUUGACCUUCGAUUGGGAGUGUGUAGUUAGGCAUAUAUCACACACUUCCACGAUAAUGGAUCCAUGGAUGGAACAUAAGACUGGACAACUAAGACACGAGCAAUGGAGAAGGCAAGAUGAUAAGCUGAUUUUAACAUAAAACACACCAUAUUAAUCAUAAUGUCACACAUGCAUACAUGAACGGGGAUCGCGAACAAAGGAAUAGAAGAAAUUAGCCGGAAUGAAUUUGGGAUUAAAAAAAGCCACAUAUUUGUUUUUAUUUAUUUAUCAAAUUUCACUAAUGGGCUUGCAUUAAAUGGGAUACUAGGGCAAGGAUUUCAAACCAGUUUAAGCCCUUGGACUAGUGAAACAAAUGGUUUGAGGUUCAUGGGUUAGAUCGGCGUUUGACCAGGUUAAGUCAUUUUAUACAUAAUUUAUAAAUAUAUGCAUAUCUAUGAUAAUAAUUUAAGGUACCAUACAAUAAUUUAACAGUUAAUAUAUUAUAUGACCCUACCUGUGUAUAUAUGCUUUCUUUUUCAAAAUGGGUUUAACAGAGGACCAAAAGCCCAAAACGCAACAUUCUGUCAAAGAGAAAACUGGUCAAUCUGGUCAGGUUGUCAAUUUUUUUACGGUUUUGACCGACUACCGAUUAGGAGGCAAAAUGACUUUCUUGGGUCCGUUUUCAGCACCGACUCUGAUCUGACCCGGUCCAACCGGUCGGCUUGACAACAGUGGACAAGAGACUGGAGGGAGAUUAGUUUAGUCUGUUAUGGAUGGAAUUCGUUAAUACAUAGUCAAAUAUAUUGACAUCCUGCUAUGAAUUAGAUUUCUCUUUGCAUUUGUACAACAAGUCCAUUCUUUGAAAUGCUGUCAUAUAGAGAUGGUGAAGUGAAGUAUACCGCUUCCAGCUAAUUACCUACCACUCGCAGCCAUUAAUCCGCCAACUUCUGUUCCUUUUUUUUUUUUUUUUUAACUUUUCUUCUCAAAGAUAGUUACUUUCAUCAUCCCACCAAAAAUGAAAAAUUGAGUUACUUUAGUUAAACCUGAAACUCACGUAGCUGCAGUUUUUCUCCAGGUAAUGCACAUACAUAUAACUCAUGAAAACUGUUGAAGGAUUUUGGUACGUUUUCAGAAAUCUCAAACACAAGCAGGGCUCUUUCUUCAUUAUGAAAACACAGAAACAAGCCUCUCUCAUCUUAUUAUGCCCCUCCCUCCCCCUCCUUCUUGUUCUUAUGAAAACAGAAAACAAAGACAGAACUAUGAACAAAGCAACACUUGAAAUUUUACUUGUGAAUGCCAGUGGCAUCAGACGCACAAAUCUCAUCGGGAAAGCAUACUACUAUGUCAUCAUCGAAUGUGGGGAUCAACAACGCAUCACCAAACUGUCAUCAUCAGGCAAAGAUCACAAGACAUGCUGGAACCAGAAGUUCAGGUUCGAAGCGCCCCUAAUCGAUUGGAAGCGGAGGACCCAUCUCAAGCUCACCAUCUUGGACACGGAGCUGUUCAAAGAUGGAGAAUUCGUUGGUGAAACCAUAAUCUACCUUGGAGGGAUAGUGGCAGAGGGGAAAGACAGAGAGGUUGUGGAGAUGAAACCAGCUCCAUACAAUGUUGUCCUCCAUGAUGGUACUUUCAAGGGACAGAUCAAGCUUGGGAUCAAAUUCAUGACUGUCACUCAUGAAGAGGAGGAGGAGGCGGCUAGGGAGAUCGUUGCCGCGCAGCUGCCCAGUAGCACUGCUACUGCUACACAGAAGGCAGCAAGGCGAUCGUCUUCAUCAGCAGUAUGGGAAGCCAUAAGCAGUGUGUGGAAAUCUUCGUGGUGGAAGUUUUGGAGUUAUUGCAGUCCUAAAAGUGGCAAAGAGCAAGCCAAAGUCAAAUUAACUUAGCUAGAUAGGGAGACUCCAUCAUAUGUUACAAUAAAUACAUAGAUGAGAUAGCAAGUGUUAUGGAAAUGUCGAUCUCUACUUGUCACUUCUUUGUUAUCAGAAAAUUUCAGAUCCACCAUUUUCUUUUUUUUCUUCCCCCAUGGCAUAUAUAGCUAAAUGUUGGCGUUUCGAGCCUCUCCACUGUUCUUUCUUUCGCUCCUGCUUUCUUUUGGAUUGCCCAACAGGCAACAGCAGCGGCAGGAAGCUAGCUUUUAGAAGAAGGAGAGAUGGUGACAAGUACAAACAGAGGAACUCUGUACUUCUUCUCCCUGUAAAUUUAUUUCCCUCUACAAUUUGCAAACCCAAAUAGUGGUUGGUUGAGAAGUGAGAACUUUUCAUUGGGCUGGCUAACCAUGGGUAGGGGUGGGUGGGCCAACAUCUUAUUAUUGGCCAGAUCGAAAGCUUUCCUUUGCUUGGACAUGAAGACUCCUCUACAAGAUUGUUAAAUCGGAUUAAAGUCAUUAAGACGGUUUAACAAGUGAUUUGCGGUUGAAAUUUAGGAUCGAGUUCAACUAGUUCAAACCAAUUUUAAUAGAAUAUGUAAAAUAUCAUUAAAACCAAAUAAAUUAUACAUAUGUAGGACAUAUUUUAAAAUGAUCUCAUUAAUAUAUAUUCAUAUAUUAUCAAAUUAUUUCUUCAAAAGAAGUAUAUAUUACCAAAUUAUCAAUCCUCAUCUUCAAACUCGGUCGGAUCCGUUUGCUUUGACCGGUUUAACCCGAUUUUGACUUCUUUCAAAAACCAUCCAACCGAAACAUAUUUCAACUGUUCAGAUAAUCGAUUUUAGUUGGACCAGGACACCAAAUUGAACCGGCCGGCCAGAUAAUGAUUUGACAACCUUCCACCUCUGACAUAUUUUUCUUUGAAAUUAGCAUUGCCUCGACAAUUAAAUCCACAUUUCUUCUCCAAUCAAUUCUUUGUAGUUCCAAUAUCAACAUAUAUAAAUCUCGACUAUCAUAAUUUAUGAAUACUCAAUAAAUCUGCUGGUACAAAUAAAUCAACCAUAUUGUUCGAGGAAUAACAACUAAGAAUGUUUUCACCAAAUGAUAAGUAAUUGUUACAACCCAUCAUAGAAAAUAAGGGUUAUUGAUCUGGUUAAGUGGCUGACUAGGUCGUUAUUCUUAUGAUAUUCUCUAUCAGUCAGUUGCAGUGGCGGAUUUAGGCCCUCCUCUAGGUCCAAAACUGUAUAACACUUAUAAUUUUUUUUGAUUUUAUGUAUCCGAUUUAGUGUUAUUCAAAUGUGCCCCAAUGUUAAUUUCUAUUCAAAUGCACUCCAGUGCUCUACUAUGUCCUAGACCUGCCACUGGUCAAUCGCUUUAAUGAUAAAAUCGUCUCUCUAGACUCUCGAUUUGUGCAGCAGAACUCUAUAAAGAGUACUAUCUCGUGUUUCCACUCUCUGAAUUUGUGUUUCUAGAGGGUCUGGGAGGCCUGCGAUUAUAGAAGCAGAACCUCUUCAAAGUCAGUAUCAUGUUACCAAGUCAAUAUUACUAACAAAACUGCUAAUGAAAAAUUAACAUUGGCUAAUAUUUUGUGUUUUAAAAAAUUUAACUGAUAAUUUAAAAUGUUUGAAUAAUAAAUUGUAUUUACCCUCAUUUGUUUUGCAAGGUUUCACUUGUCGUUCAUUUGAGAAUUCAGUAUAACUUUUAGUAGCUAUUCAUUGAUGAAUAUUUAAAGAAAUGAAUCAGGGAUAA